AUGGGCCGUCGUGCAAAGUACCGAACGCUAGGUGAGAGACUCGCGGCAAAGCGUGAGCAACAAAAGAAAUACACGCAGUCAGCAAGAGGUCGUGCAAGGCGUGCAAUACAGAACAAAAAAACAUAUAGUGCUCGUACCGGAUUAUAUCCCAGCCCUUUCCAUCAUACCAUCCAUGGACUACCAUCCGAAAUAAUCACCCUAGCACGUCGCGCGUUCCAAGUUGGCAGUCCUCUUCAACAUUCGUAUGAUCUGGGCAUAUGGACGCAGCCAUUUGCUCUGCAAAUUCCAGACGAGUUAAAGAAGAUUCCCGAGGCUGACGAACUCUUCGACGACGAUCAAUAUGACGAGGACGAGUUGGCGUCAGGACUUCAUAUAGCAAAUCUUGAACGCUUAAUAGAGGCAGGGUGGAUGAGGUUGGAACGAUGGUCAGACGAGAGCGAGAAGGAAGCCUUGUUGGUGGAGAUGAAUGACGAGAUCGUACAAAGGCUCGAGGCAUGGCAGCGUAGAGCAGGCGAAGAAGAUCGACAUGGCAGUUUACUGGCAGAUGUCGCUCAUAGCGUCGGCAUAGAGUGGAGUGCAAAGAUUCUAUGUUGCUUGAAGGUAGAGCAACAGAUUGGGAUCGCCGGUUCAGAGGAGAUAGAAAGAGCAUGGAGAGCAGGCCAAUUGCCGUGGCAAUGCAAGGCAGCAGACGAGAUUCAAUGA